AUUCCCUUUCCUUUGUUUUGUUAUGCCCCUCACGAUCUCCGUGCAUUAGCAGUUUAGCACAGGGGAAAUUGCUAGUGCACGUUAUUCCCCGGUAAAGACUUCACUAGCCAUUGGCAAGAGCAAGGAUCAUCUCGAUCAUUUCUUUUCUUCUAAUAGGGGGUUGAUUAAUUGGGUUCCAGCUAAUGCCAGGCCUACGCGACCAUAUCAGGAGAACAAUUAAUUAGAACGAAGAGAACACACUUCCACAAGGGAAAUCGAUGUUCUACUAUUAAUUUAAUGCCAGCGUACUCAUCCCGCGAUCAUCACCGGAGAAUUGAAGGUGGUCUCUGUCUUGAGGUCAGAUCCAUGUGAAGUCUCUCAGCUCUGGAGACCAGUCAAACAAAAAAAAAAAAAAAAGCUUGUACUUUUGCGGUUUCCACCUCAGUUCUGUCUGCAAGGGCAAUGCCGUUGUAGAGUCCCAGAAGUGAAUGCAAGGCGGAUGCUCUAAAGUGGGAUUGGUAGGAAAUCUUCCGAAAAUUCAAUGAAGGCAGGGAGUGCUGCGAAGUUGAUAGUGGAUGCCCUACUCCAGCGGUUCCUUCCACUUGCCCGGCGUCGUAUUGAAACCGCUCAAGCUCAGGAUGGACAAUACCUACGGCCAUCUGACCCGGCUUACGAGCAAGUACUGGAUUCCUUGGCUAUGGUUGCUCGACAUACACCUGUACCAUUACUGGAAGCAUUACUGAGAUGGAGAGACAGCGAAUCCCCAAAGGGUGCAAAUGAUGCGUCUACAUUCCAAAGAAAGCUUGCAGUAGAGUGCAUUUUCUGCUCAGCAUGUAUCCGCUUUGUGGAGUGCUGUCCGCAGGAGGGGCUUACUGAGAAGCUGUGGUCUGGGCUUGAAAAUUUUGUUUUCGACUGGCUAAUAAAUGCUGACAGGGUUGUUAGCCAGGUUGAAUAUCCCUCAUUGGUUGAUCUGAGGGGGCUUCUUUUGGACCUAGUUGCUCAACUCUUGGGUGCUUUAUCACGUAUCAGGUUUAGUUCUGUGACUGAGCGGUUUUUCAUGGAACUUAAUACACGUCGAAUUGACACUAAUGUUGCCAGAAGUGAAACACUUAGCAUCAUUAAUGGAAUGCGUUACCUGAAACUGGGGGUUAAAACGGAGGGUGGAUUGAAUGCAUCUGCAUCUUUUGUGGCCAAAGCAAACCCUUUAAACCGUGCCCCACAUAAACGCAAAAGUGAACUUCACCAUGCUUUAUGCAAUAUGCUGUCAAAUAUCCUAGCACCCCUUGCAGAUGGCGGGAAAAGCCAGUGGCCACCUUCUGGUGUAGAGCCGGCACUUACAUUCUGGUACGAAGCUGUUGGACGUAUAAGAAGUCAGCUUGUGCAUUGGAUGGAUAAACAGAGCAAACACAUUGCUGUUGGUUACCCGUUGGUGAUUCUCCUUCUUUGCCUUGGUGAUCCUCAAAUAUUCUACACUAACUUAAGUCCUCACAUGGAGCAACUCUACAAGCUUCUUAAAGAUAAGAAUCACCGCUUCAUGGCUUUGGAUUGUCUUCAUCGAGUUUUAAAAUUUUACUUGAGUGUCCAUGCGGCUAACCAGGCCCCAAAUCGUAUAUGGGACUACCUCGACAGUGUAACCUCACAACUCUUAACAGUUCUAAGGAAAGGAAUGCUUACUCAGGAUGUCCAACAUGAUAAACUUGUUGAGUUUUGUGUAACGAUAGCUGAACAUAAUCUUGAUUUUGCUAUGAAUCACAUGUUACUAGAAUUGCUCAAACAAGACAGCCUUAGUGAAGCAAAGGUUAUUGGCCUUCGUGCUUUGCUUGCUAUUGUCAUGCUGCCUUCUGGUCAGUAUGUGGGUUUGGAUAUUUUUAAAGCAGGUCAUGAUAUUGGCCACUACAUUCCCAAAGUGAAAGCUGCCAUUGAGUCUAUACUAAGGUCAUGUCAUAGAACAUACAGUCAAGCACUGUUGACAUCUUCAAAGACCACAAUAGAUGCUGUAACCAAGGAAAGGUCUCAGGGUAUCUAUUCCGCUCUGUGUUAAAGUGCAUCCCAUAUCUAAUAGAAGAAGUUGGACGAAGUGAUAAAAUCACUGAAAUAAUUCCCCAACAUGGCAUAAGUAUUGACCCUGGUGUUCGCGAGGAAGCAGUACAAGUACUAAACCGCAUUGUGAAAUACCUACCCCAUCGUCGUUUUGCCGUAAUGAAGGGGAUGGCCAACUUCAUAUUACGACUUCCAGAUGAAUUCCCUCUUCUCAUUCAAACGUCAUUAGGACGCCUGCUGGAACUAAUGCGUUUUUGGAGAUCUUGUCUAAUAGAUGACAGAAUGCAAAAUGAUGCUCAAGAUGCCAGGCCUCUGGGGCAUGAAGCUGAGAGAUUUAGAAAGUCUUCCUUCCAACACAUGGGAGAAGCAAUUGAAUUUCGUGCAUCAGAAAUUGAUGCAGUUGGUGUAAUUUUCCUUGCAUCUGUUGAUAGUCAAAUUAGGCAUACAGCAUUAGAAUUAUGCGGUGUGUCCGGGCCUUGAGAAAUGAUAUCAGGGACCUGAGGAUUGAGCUGCCAAAUCAUCUUCUGAAAUAUGAAGCUGAGCCAAUAUUUAUUAUUGAUGUUCUAGAAGAACAUGGGGAUGAGAUUGUCCAGAACUGCUACUGGGAUUCAGGGCGACCUUUUGAUUUGAGAAGAGAAUCUGAUGCCAUUCCCCCUGAAGUGACGCUUCAAUCUAUAAUAUUUGAGAGCCCUGAUAAGAACAGGUGGGCUCGAUGUCUUAGUGAGCUUGUCAAAUAUGCUGCUGAGCUUUGUCCAAGCUCUGUCCUGGAAGCAAAGAUAGAGGUUAUGCAGCGUCUUGCUCAUAUUACCCCAAUUGAGUUGGGUGGAAAGGCUCAUCCAUCGCAGGAUGCUGAUAAUAAACUGGAGCAGUGGCUCAUGUAUGCUAUGUUUGUCUGUUCAUGUCCACCAGCUGCUCGAGAAUCUGGUGGAACUGUAGUAACCAAAGAAC